AAGGUUUUGAGAACGGUGGGUACAAAAAAGAGAAGUAAAAAAGAAGCGUCUAUAAUUUUCUUCCUCGAUUUCCGCCACGGCGCCAUCGUUCUUCGUUGCUGAAGAGUCUCCUCAAUCAAGCAACGACCUGAAUGGCAUCGUCGUCGUUGACGUCUCCGGUAACGGAGGAGGAGCUAACCCUGACGGUGAAAUGGAGUGGCAAGGAAUACACCGUCAGAGUGUGCGCCGACGACUCCGUUGGUGAACUAAAACGACGCAUAUGCCAACUGACCAACGUACUCCCCAAACGUCAGAAACUUCUUUACCCUAAAAUUGGAUCCAAACUCGCAGAUGAUUCAACCCUUCUCUCCGGUCUACCCCUCAAAUCUUCUCUCAAGAUGACUAUGAUCGGUACUGUUGAAGAUGAUAUAAUCGUGGAUCAAGUUGAUGCUCCAGAGAUUGUUGAUGAUUUUGAAAUCGGACAAGAUGAAGCUGUAGACAUUAAAGACAAAGAGGUCAACAAACAGAAACUAAGGAGACGUGUUGAUCAAUACAAGAUUGAACUCCGAAAUCCGUGUCGAAAGGGGAAGAAGCUUCUUGUGUUGGAUAUAGACUAUACUCUCUUUGACCAUCGGUCAACAGCAGAAAAUCCACUUGAACUCAUGCGCCCUUAUCUUCAUGAGUUCUUAUCAGCCGUUUAUGCAGAGUAUGACAUCAUCAUAUGGUCUGCAACAAGCAUGAAAUGGGUGGAACUGAAAAUGGGACAGCUUGGAGUACUGAGUAAUCCUGAUUACAAAAUUACUGCUCUUCUAGACCAUUUAGCAAUGAUCACAGUUCAAUCAGAUAGUAGGGGAAUCUUUGACUGCAAACCACUUGGGUUAAUUUGGGCACAUUUUCCUGAGUUUUACAGUUCAAAGAAUACAAUAAUGUUUGAUGAUCUACGGAGAAACUUUGUAAUGAAUCCACAGAAUGGAUUGACGAUAAAGCCCUUCAGAAAAGCACAUGCAAACAGAGACAAUGACAGGGAACUAGUGAAGCUGACUCAGUAUCUGCUAGCAAUUGCUGACCUGGAUGACAUCAGCAUUCUCGAUCACAAGAAGUGGGAGUCGUAUGAUGAGGCAAAUGUCAAGCGAAGGCGUCACACAUGAGCUUGUAUCUUUCCUAUGUUUCUUUUGGGGGAUCUAUUUGGCAACACUUUGUAGCUUUAAAAAAUUUAUGGGAGCAACCUCUUUUUGUUUUCCUCGAUUGGAGAUAUUAUUAAAAUUGAACCUUGUUGGAGAGUGUAUGUAUGCAGAUUUUUAUUUAUGUAUGCCGAUGCUCUUAUAGUGCUGGUUCCUUCAA